ACUGAUGAUGAAGAGGAAAGAAGAAACAAGCAAAGAAAUUUCGACGGCGAUGGUUUUAUCAUGAAUGAGCUGUGGGUCCUGUGCACUUGGCCGAGUACGGCUUAGCUGCAUAGUCACGUGAGCCUGCUCGGCUUUGGCUUGGACGGACGGCUUUGGCGAACCGUGGCAGCCAGCCAGGAGUCCAGCAGCCAGCUGCAAGUGAGCCAGCGAGCGCGCAUCACCAAAUUUUCUGAUGUCUUGACUUCCUGGGUGGGACAGCACUUCAGAUCAUCAUCCACACAACCACGAUCCCUCAUUACAUUGGCAGCCUUUGGCCCUGGCGACAUCGACGAAUACUAUUCUCACACACUCUGCACAAUGUCAUCCGUAUGGACUGCCCUGACGGGCGGCAACAAGCCCCAACAGCCCCAAUCCCACGACACAUAUAGCGCUCCUCAACAGACCACCUCGACAACCACCCGCGCGUACGAUCCCUCCGAAGGACAGGGCGUCGAGUCUUUCCUCAACAACUCUGCCUUCUCCGACCCCUCACAACUCCACCCGCUCGCUGGUCUGAACCAGGACUCCCUCGAGUACCUCACCCUCGAAGAUGGCGUGCUCUCCGACCUCUCCGGCUCCCAGUCCGUCCUGCCGUCGCGCGGCUUCACCGACGAUCUCUGCUACGGCACUGGUGUCACAUAUCUCUCCGGACUGACGCUUGGUGGUGCGUGGGGUCUGCAGGAAGGCCUCCGUCGCUCCGCUGGGCAAGCACCCAAGUUGCGCCUCAACUCCGUCCUCAACGCCGUGACGCGCCGUGGUCCGUAUCUGGGCAACUCGGCGGGUGCCGUGGCCAUCACAUACAACUGCAUCAACUCGCUGAUCGGGUACUUCCGGGGCAAGCACGAUGCGGCCAACUCGGUCGCUGCGGGUGCGCUCAGUGGUAUGGUGUUCAAGAGCACACGGGGCUUGAGGCCGAUGAUGAUCUCGGCCGGUCUCGUCGGAUCCGUGGCUGGUGCCUGGGCGGUCUUCCGCCGGUCAUUCUUCCCUGUGCCGGAGCAGGCUGCUGGCGUCAGCACCUCCGACUCGCUGUAAACUAUCAAGUUCCCCUAUAAUUACUCACCCGAACAAAAAAAAGGCAUGAGGUCUGGCCCCGACGGCCAGGCGAGGAUGUUCGCAUGAAGAGAGUGGAUGAGAGUCACAUCUUUCCUUGUAUAUGCUGCAAUACAGCGCUUGUUUCUUAUAAAGCAUGGUUUACGGGGUGAGCUCUCUACUCCCAAUGUACGGUUGGACAGAUGAGUCUUUGUUGCUUGUACAUUACACUAGGAUUCCGGGCAUCGAGCAUAGACCGCGGAGGCUGGGGCGUCUGGGCUGCAAACGUCAUUAAUCAAUACUCUAUCAUAUCAAGCUGCCUUACGUGGGUACGAAGCA